GAUGUGGCGCCCGUGGUGGUGGGUGAGCGCGGGGUAGCGGGCGGUUGCCUACUGGCCGCUAUGUCUGGGGUGGAGGCGCCCCCUGAGGCAGCUCCGUCACCGCCGCCCUCGCCCCCCCACCCCCUGCACACACACCCUAACAAGGCACACCAUGAGCCUGCCUCCAGCGGUGAAGGUCACAUGGCCCCGGGGGUGGAGCGCAGCCUCCGCAAGCUGGAGAACGAGGACAGCAGCUACGACAGUGACUUCGAGCCCAACGAGUGCACUCCUGCGUCCCCACGACCCGACGAUGAUCAGCACGACGACGUGUACCGAACGGUGUCGGAUACGCUUGGGGCAGAGUUCGCCGAGUAUGUUACCAUCAGCCAUGGCGCUCCCACAUCCUCGACCGUCACACCAACUUCCACCAGUUUCACCACUGCUGCUCCCACUUCUUGUGUCACUUCCACAACCACCUCCACCACGCCCACCAGCCUCACUUCCACCAUAGCCACAUUACCCUCAGCCUCCGUGCGCCCAGCCACAGCAUCGCCAUCGCCUACCCCCAGCACCACCGCACCCUCCGAGACCAGACCGGCGUCUCCCGUGGUGCGCUCACCCUCAGCUUCGUCAUCCGUCUCUCCGCCCGCUGUUUCCGUUACGCCGCCCGCGCCCACGCCCCAACCCAGCACAGUCAGCACCCCACCCACAGUUACGCUCACACAGCCCCCAGCAACACUUAGAACAAGUACCGUUGGCGCCCCGACUUCAGCUGUGACCACAGGUAGUGGGGCAUGUGUGUCGACCAGCUCCAGUGGCAGCAGUCAGUCACUGGAGCAGGGCGUGUCAUGGGUAGUUCAGCGCCCCGGAUACGCCUCUCAGGUGGAAUUCGGAGUCAAGUUGGGUUAUUCGGAGGCCCUGGUGCAGCUGGCCCUAGUCAAACUCGGGGGAACGCCCGACAAGGACGAACUAUUGGCCGAACUAAUUAGGUUAGGGACAAGUACACCUCGAAGCGAGGGUGACACCGAUGCCAGUGACGACGUCACAGAUGUCAAGGAGGAGUCCGAUCAACAGCAGUCGUCUCUCAAACCCAUCAUCAUUGACGGUAGCAACGUGGCCAUGAGCCAUGGAAACAAAAAGACAUUCUCCUGUCGGGGUUUGAGAGUGUGUGUGGAGUGGUUCCGCGCCCGGGGCCACACAGGAAUCACCGUGUUCGUUCCGAAGUGGAGGAAGGAGGCACCGCGAUGGGACACGCCCAUUCAGGACCAAGAGAUCCUUCUGGAGCUCGAGCGAGAGAAUGUCUUAGUGUUUACACCCUCCAGAGUGUGUGGUGGCAAGCGAAUCGUUUCAUACGAUGACCGUUACAUCCUCAACGAGGCUGUUGCUUCCAGUGGAAUUGUUGUCAGCAACGACAAUUACCGUGACCUGGCAGCAGAGUCGUCCCAGUUCCGACGAGUCAUAGAAGAGAAUCUACUUAUGUACUCAUGGGUUAAUGGUCGCUUUGUACCGCCUGAUGAUCCUCUCGGACGCAACGGCCCCACUCUUGAUGCCUUCCUGCGAAGGGGACCCUGUGGGUCAGGAUCAAUCAGGGACCCACGACAAGCUCCGUGCCCUUACGGCAGGAAGUGCACCUACGGCAACAAAUGCAAAUACAUGCAUCCGGAACGGGGCGCUGCACCCCUCAAGUCAGUGACGGAGAGAUUGCAGGAACAGGCGCAGCGACAUUACCAGAAUAAGGCCAAGACUAGAGAUUCCUCGCCAGGUGUAGAUAUCCGGGGCAAAAGUUUAUCAUUACCAGUGGGAGUCACAGAUGCAGAAGUGCCAAAGAAACCACUGACACGCACCCAGAGUACAGUACCCCCAAUGUCUCUCACCCUGCCAUCUGCCCUCACCCAGGAAACCCCAACUCUUGAUCUGGGACCUGCCAGUUCAACGUCUGUAGCCUCUCCGCACACUCACCAUCACCUCAUGCCCCCACAGCACAUGGAGUCUCGUCCUCUAGACCCACUACGAUCUUCAUUAUAUAAAAGUGAGACUUCUCUAUAUCACAUGUACCCAGCACAACCACCACAAGGCAGUUUUGGGUCCUCUCCAUGGCCAUGGAAAGGUCAAGGAGCAGAGUUGCCUCUAAGAUCAAUGCCCACUCCGCAAGGAGCGCCAUCUCAAAGCCAGUCUGCAGGCUAUGGAUCGCAUAUACCUGUAAGCAAACAACUGUCAGACCCAGAUCCUGCUGCCUCUGGGAAUCCACAUAAGAAGUUACAGCGGCAGCUUACUUUAAAUCCUACAUUUGAUUCUCGUCUGUACAAGAUGGCUGGUUACAAGGAACCUGCCCCAGAACAUUUCCCAAUUGUUAGUCCUGCUCAGCAGCA